AUGGGCCAUUUAGUUACAGUAGCCGCUGCCCAACUGAACCAAUGGGCACUUGAUUUCAAGGGCAAUACCGAGCGGAUUAUCGAAUCCUGCCGGAUCGCUAAGGAGAAAGGCGCCACAUUGCGAUGCGGACCGGAGCUUGAGAUCACCGGCUAUGGCUGCCUUGAUCACUUCCUUGAAGCCGAUCUGUUCAUGCACAGUUGGGAGUGUCUCGCGACAAUUCUAUUACAUGAUAGUUGUCAGGACAUGAUAUUGGACAUUGGAAUGCCUGUGAUGCACCGGAACGUUCGAUAUAACUGCCGGAUACUGUGUUACAAUAAGCAGAUCCUACUGAUACGGCCGAAGCUAUGGCUUGCAAAUGACGGCAACUACCGCGAAAUGAGGUACUUCACGCCUUGGUCACGGCCGCAGCAUGUCGAGUCAUACUACCUCCCUCGGUCGAUACGCGCCAUCACCGGCAAUACGAAGGUCCCUUUUGGCGAUGCCGUCAUCAGUACACCGGAUACAUGCAUCGGCGCCGAGACAUGCGAAGAACUCUUUACGCCGAAUGCACCUCAUAUUCAGAUGUCCCUGAAUGGGGUAGAGAUUAUCACCAAUUCAAGCGGCUCUCACCACGAACUUCGAAAGCUGAACACGCGAUUGAACUUGAUUCAAGAGGCUACGCGAAAAUCCGGAGGGAUAUACAUCUACACCAACCAUUCCGGAUGCGAUGGCGACAGGCUGCUGUAUGACGGCUCCGCGCUCAUCCUGAUCAACGGCGACAUUGUUGCUCAAGGUAGCCAGUUCUCGCUCUUGGACGUAGAAGUUAUCACUGCGACCUGCGACCUUGAGGAAGUCAGGUCAUUCCGAUUCGCACCAAGUCGAGGCCUCCAAGCUGUGCAAGCACCCUCAUACGAGCGCAUAGAGACAGAGUUCAGCCUUUCUGCAGAGACCGCGCCUCUAGACCAGAGUGUCCGUCCUACCAGUCCCAUCGAGCCCCGCAUCCACCUGCCCGAGGAAGAGAUCGCCUUCGGUCCUGCUUGCUGGCUAUGGGACUAUCUCAGGCGCUGCGGAGUUGCUGGGUACAUGCUCGCCCUCAGCGGAGGUAUCGACUCAUGCGCCACUGCCACGAUAGUCUUCUCAAUGUGCAGACUUGUUAUACAGGCCAUAAAAGACGAAAACGAGCAGGUCAUCAAGGACUGCCGCCGAAUAUGCGCGAUUGAAGAGGGGUCAGAUUGGCUGCCAAGCACGCCGGAAGAGCUAUGCGCCAAGAUCUUCCAUACCGCGUAUAUGGGCACAGAGAAGAACUCGUCCAAAGAAACUAGAUCGCGAGCCUCUGAGCUUUCCAAACGGAUCGGCGCUUAUCAUUCAGACCUCAAUAUCGACACCGUAGUCAAGAGUCUCACAGAUUUGUUUACCUAUGUCACGAAAUUCUCACCUCGAUUUCGAGCGCACGGUGGCACAAACGCAGAAAACCUCGCUCUUCAAAACAUCCAGGCGCGCUUGAGAAUGGUGAUAAUCUACCUCUUCGCACAAUUGCUCCCAACAGUGCGGCAGCGGCCCGGCGGCGGCAGUCUCCUUGUGCUAGGUUCGGCGAACGUGGACGAGUGCCUCCGGGGCUACCUGACGAAAUAUGACUGCUCAAGCGCAGAUAUCAACCCAAUCGGCGGAAUCUCGAAGACAGACCUAAAGCGCUUCAUCGCGUGGGCGCGGACCAAUUUCGACCUCCCGAUCCUCGAAGACUUCCUGAACGCGACCCCGACCGCGGAGCUCGAGCCAAUCAGCGAAACAUACGUACAGAGCGACGAAGCAGACAUGGGGAUGACCUACGACGAGCUAAGCGUCUUCGGCCGUCUCCGCAAAGUCUCCAAACUGGGCCCCUACGGCAUGUUCACGCACCUGGUCCCCGUAUGGACACACCUUACGCCCCGCCAAGUCUACGAAAAAGUCCGGCGGUUCUACUACUUCUAUGCUAUCAAUCGCCAUAAGAUGACGACCAUGACGCCGGCGUAUCAUGCGGAACAGUACUCCCCGGAUGAUAAUAGGUUUGAUCUCAGGCCGUUCUUGUAUCCGAGUUUUACGUGGGCGUGGGAGAAGAUUGAGGGGGUCUUGGGGAGGUAUGAGAAGGGGAAGGAGGGGAAGGAGGGGAAGGAGGAGAAGGAGGAGUGA